CACGGCGCUCCAUGGACCAGGCGUCCCGCUCAAGUGGCCUCCUGCCUCCGCUCGCUCCCGUGCAGCAACUGUGGGCGCUAGCCGGGGACGCUGGGGAGGAGCAGUGGGAGAGAAGGCCGGCGGGCGCUCUCGGCGGGGACGUUCGUGGCUGGCCCCGGCCGUCGGUUGCCAGGCGCAUCCCUUGCUUGGAUCCACGGCCCGGCGGAGCUCCGGGAGGGCAGCGGUGGUGGGAGGCGUCUCCGGACACGGGAGAGCACCAUGGGCUUGGCGCUGCGGAUCUGAGGCAGAAGCCCGACGCCGGCGGACCGAUCCCUCCCGCGCUGCAGCGUCUCCGUGCCGUGUUGCUGCGGCUGUACCGCGAGCGGGAGCAGCUCCUCCAAGCCCAGGACUGCGCCCGCCACUUACGCGCUGCCGUUCGCCUACUGAGGAUGCUGAGUCCCGGUGCGCCCUCCCCCGGCCCCUUGCCUCAUCUGUGCCGCGACCUGCUGCCGCAGCUUUCCCGAAAGGUAGUCCUGCGAACUGGCCUUCGGGAGACUCCCGAGCCGCUACUCCUGGCGCGCCCCGUCGGACUAGCUGCCCAGAGCCUGGAUGCUGUCAUCGAGAUGCAGCUUCGUGCUCUGGGCCGAGCGCCCUCCAGCCCCAGCCUGUCAUCCCAACUGGCCGACCUGCUGCUGGCGCUUCCCACCUACCAUCAGCUGCAGGGAAAAGCCUUAGGCCACGUCCCAGGGGCAGCACGCCCUUUGUCCCCGGCCCGUGUGCUUUGCCUCCUGGCGGGGGAGCGGGGUUGCCAGGUGGCAGGUUGGCUGAAUGAGGCGCUCAGAGGACUGGACUUGUGGGACCAGCUCCGCAGAUGGUGGUGUGAGGAGCGGGAGCUGCUGCCAGGGCUCCUGAGCCUGAUGGGGGACGUGGCAGAUUCAGCCAGCAGUGGACUGGAAAUUGAAGGAGCUGGAACCCUGUGGAGCCAGUACUGGACCCUGCUAUGGGCAACCUGUGCUCAGAGUCUGGACCUAAACCUAGGACCCUGGAGGGACCCCAGGGCAGCGGCACAGCAGCUGAGUCAGGCAGUGGGUCAGGCAUCCCUGCCUCAGGAGUGUGAGAAGGAGCUGGCUUCUUUGUGUCACAGCCUAUUUCAUCAGUCUCUUAUCCGGAGCUGGGACCAAGUCUUCUGCCAAGCCUUGGGAUCUGCUGGUGAUCAGAGCAGCCUUUCUUCAUCCUGUCAUACCACUGAACUUCUACAACAGCUCUUCCCUCCUCUCCUGGAUGCCCUUCAAGAGCCCAGGUCAGGACUGAUCCUCUGUCAGCCUCCAGGUCCUGUACCACUUGCCCUGGGGCUCUGCACCUUGCAGACAACCUUGCUCUGGUUUGGGGGCAGAGCUCAGCAGCAUCUGGCAGCAUGGGCCCCAGAUUCCUUCCUGCUCCUGAUCCAGAAGGACUUACCUCCUCUAUUGCAUGAGGCAGAAGCUCUGUCUAGCCUGGCCUCAAGGGAAAGCUUGGCCCUGGAGGUGGAGCAGCAGCUGGGCCUGGAAAUCCAGAAGCUGACAAUACAGAUGCAGCUCCUACCUGAAGAGUCACUAAGUCUCUUUUUUCAAGAAUGUCAUAAACAAGCUACACAGGGCUUCGAACUUCACAUGCCACGGGGUCGGUACUGGCGACAUCAUCUUCGUCUUGAACUCCCCAGCAUUCCUAGUGAGUAUGCUCAUUUGGUGGUCCACACUGUACUGGAGCCGGUAUUGCAAGGAUUGCAGGGGUUGCCACCCCCAGCCCAGACCCCUGUCCUUGGCCAGGCAUUGACAGCCAUCCUGGGUGCCUGGCUUGACUACAUCCUCACCCACAGGAUUCGAUUCAGCCUGCAGGGGGCACUGCAGCUCAGACAAGAUUUUGGAGUGGUCCGGGAGUUGCUGGAGGAAGAGCGGUGGGGCCUGUCUCCUGAAAUUCGCCAGACUCUGCUCAUGCUCAACAUCUUCCAACGGCUGGAUGGGGCUCUGCUGUGUCUAUUGCAGCAGCCCCUGCCCAAGACUCAAGUCCACAGAAGGCCUCUCUGUUGCUGUGCAUGUAAUGACGUCCAGACCUCAGAAUUGCCCAGCAGCAACCUCAACAGUCUGGAGAGCUUGGAGCCCCCGCUUCGGCCUGGAGCACCUCCAGCUGAGAUAGCUCAGCUGCUAAGCACGCUGUGGGGUGGGGGACCUAGCCCCCAGGCUUACCUGGUGGGAAAUCAACAGGCCUGGCUUGCCCUGAGGCAGCACCAGCGCCACCCUCGUUGGCACUUGCCUUUUCUUUCCUGCCUGGGGACCAGUUCUGAAUCCUAAAGAGCCUAAGGAGCCUAAUCAGCAGCCAGAAAGUCAGCGUUCUACAUUUCUGGCUGGGAAAGCCCAGACAUUUGUAACUGCAUGUUAAAGAAACGUACAGUUGGAAGCUUGGAAGAAUGCAUACCUAAGAACCACAAACUACACAGAGCCUGGAUUUACAAGCUAAGAAUCCAAGAUUACUCCAAUACCUGGAAUCCAGCAUAAAGGCAAAACCAUAGCCUGGAACCUGGAGGUCAGCCUCUCUGGAGGCUCAGGUCUAAUUCCCCAUUGAUAAAGAUCUCUCAGGGCUAGACGCUGGAAGGAGGGCUCUAGGGUUGCCUCCCAGAGGGAAAGAAAAAGGAAAAAGCACUAGAAAGCAAAGAGCCUAGAUGCCACUUCCCCUAAGUCCCCAGAGCCAGGAUAAACACAAAGUUAACUCAUCAGAAACCAGAGGCGAAGUAGGCAUUUCUGCAGCUGGGUCAGUUCCAAAGGUUGUAUUACCCUGUACUUUCCUCCCCAUUACUACUUUCAGCCAUUGAAGCAUAAUGGGCUUUAGGACCUUGACGUUUAAGCUUUGGUCACUCAGAGUUCAGCAUGUUUAAUCUUAAAUUACCUGAGUGGGGUUUAUCCCCUCCCCUAGUAGGGGCAUAAUCCCUGUGCUGGUAAUGGUAUCUUUCUUGGAGGGGACCAGCAU